AUGAACUGGAAACUUCAUGUUAACAUUUUUCUUUAUAUUAUUGGUUCAUGUCUGUUUAUUAUCGGUUCAAUCUUGUUUCAUCCUCACUUUUCAAAAGUCGAUUCAUUGUACAAAACUGGUGUAUUAACUUUCACAUUCGGUUCGAUUCUCUUCGGUCUGGGUUCACUGCAGCAACUACUCGCCGACUUUCGAUCGAUUUCUUCAAAUAACAACGAAUUGCUUAUUAAUGAAGUUACACCGUUUCAUAUGGAUUUGGCAAUAUCCAUUUGUCGAAAUACAAUUGGAAGUGUCAAUGGUUUUCUGUUUACAAUUGGAUCGGUAGCAUUUUGGCCUACAUAUGGUCAUUGUGGUUCGCUUGUCGGAAAUUGGAUGUACCGAUGCGGUGCAUUUCUUGGCGCAGUAAAUAGUAUGUGGCAGCUCAUUCGACUACAAAUGAAAUCGACAGCAAUGACAACGAUGAAACUAUUGACUCUGUUAUCACUAUUAGGAUCAAUUGCAUUUCUCAUCGGUGGCGGAUAUUUUAUAAUCGAUGAAAAACAUAAUGUCGAAGGUAGUUUUGUUUGGCUUGCAGGAUCAGUUGCGUUUUUGUUAUCGUCAAUGCUAACAUAUAAACUAUAA